GUCGCCCGAGCGCUCACAUUUUGUUCAAAAUUCAAAAACCACCCUUUGGUUGUGAACUAUUUUAUUAAUAGACUAUCAGCCGGAUGGUACUAGCUAGCUGGCUAGUGGUACCGUAGUGCCGGAGCACCUUCUCACUUUCUUUUGCUCACAUCCGGCUCCGGAAUCGAAUCGCCCACGCUUUGCAGCUACCCCCAGAGAAUCAACCUUUAGAAGUAACUGUCAUUAAUUGGACUAAUUGGACGAAGGAAUCUUCUGUAUUCAUCAUGAGGCUUUCAUUCUGCGCGACGGCUCUGCUGAGCUUGUCUAUGGCAUCCUUGUCCGAAGCAGCGGUGUGGAUCAACGAAAUCUCCGAUAAGGGUACCAGCAAUGCUUGCCAGGGCAACGAUUGGAUCGAGCUAUUCAAUAGUGGUCCUGAGGAUGUGGACUUAUCGGAGGGGUAUAUCAUCCAUGAUGACAAGGGCCUCAAUAGCGAGAACGCAUUUGCGUUUAAACCCGGCAUGGUUAUCGAAGCUAAUGGGUACUAUCUGCUCUGUACCAAGUUGAAAGCUGGAAGUGGAAAUGAUCAAGUCGGGUUCACGGUAAAUGAACUCUCAUCCCCACAAUUUGGUAUCAGCGGAGAGGAUACCAUCACGCUGGUCCACCAAAAGGAUAACCAAGACAGCGUUGCUCUUCAGAGUCGUACCAUUUUGGAGAUUGUAUCGAGUGUUACCCUACCAAACACGGAUGACGACUUUGAUGUCACCUACGCGUACAACGAGGACAGUGGGCAAUACGCCUACACGUCAACACCCACACCCGGAGCCGCCAAUGAGUUUACACGCAUCAAGUCAGCCGAAGAAAAGAUGGCCGAGCAUCGCGCGAUGUUGGUGGGCCAGAACGCCUUGGGGGUGCGGUUCUUUGGCAUGGACAAUCGUGGCUACAAGGUCGACGACGCCUUGGAUCCAGUUUUGGAGCUUCAUAUCUCCAUGGAUCAAGGUGAAUUGGAUUACUUGAUGGAAAACAAAACUCAUGAACUUUAUCGAUCUUUUACCAAUGGAAGCGUGACUACUACUGAGGGGGAACUACUCGCUACGCUUGACAAACCAGGAAAGAUCCGAACCAAGGGUCAGUCAACUCUCUUCAUGGGCAUCUGCCUGGGAACAAAGUCGGUUCCAUUUCAGAUUGAUUUUUCAUCAGAGGAUGAGUCACAGUCCUUGUUUGGAGUUAACAAGGUCUACUUGAGGCAUCACAUGGGUGACUUCUCGUACUCUCGCGAUUAUGCCUACUACAGGAUGCUGGCUCGAUUCGGUCUCCCACAUUUGCGAGUGCGAAAGGUGGAGUUCUUCAUCAAUGGUGAGAAGCAAGGCUACUACAGUCUCAUCGAGGCUGCAGAUCAGGAGUACGUCUUUGCCAGGAACUUCCCGAAGUACAAUCCAGAGAGCUUUGCAUUGUACAAGAUAAAAAGCAUGGCAUUCGAAUGUGGUUAUUUCCCCGAGGAGGCGAUAAAAGGUGCCGCAGCCAGGUUGGGCGAAGAAAGCACACCUCCAUACUCCUUUCAGCGUGGUACUCACAAGCAUGAUGUGCCCGUGCUGGGAUCGAUUCCUCAAUGUCUGCACAAAUUCGUAGACACUAUCUGGGACGUUGACCUCGAAGACACCAUUCUCGCAUACUUGCGGUAUGACGAAGAUUGCGCCGAUAUGCUCAUCGGAGAGGGAUUGAUUGAUCGUGACUUGGGAACCAAGGACUGGGAUAAGCAAAUGAAAAAGUUCAUUACCAAUAACUUCAGAGGCGACCACAAGUGCGAUGAGGAGUGCGCUAACAAUGACUUUGCUCAAAAUGCGGAUGUUGACAACCUUUUGAAGACAUUUGCCUUUUAUGCUGUAUCGGUCAUUGCCGACUCACCUUUGAUCAACGGGAACAACUUUUACCUUGCUCAAGCCGGAGAUGAAGCGAAUGGUGGUCCUGGAGGCUGGAAGAUCGUGCCAUACGAUUUUAAUGCCGCGAGAGUUGUAUUUUGCAAUGACAACGUCUGCAACCCAAGAUUGGUGCACUGGUCGAUUGCUCGUCCUACAUGUGAAUCACUUGAAAACAAUCCGAUUGCUGGGCCAAUUCUCUCGGACCCUGUUCUUUUCAAUAGAUACAUUGACUACGUCCGAGAGUUUACGAACACUGUCUAUGCAAAUGAAACCUUUAUUGCCGAGCUGGAGGAACAUCAAGCAGCCCAGGAAAAGUUUGUCAGGAAGGAUUUUUGGAGUGUGUUUGGGGCUUUCUACAGUUUGGAAAAGACCACGGAGUCUGCCAAUUGGGAAGAGGAAGAAGAUCGAUACCCAUUGCUGCCAACUAUGAAGGCCAGAGCAGAAGACGUUCGUGCACAGCUAGCGGCCAUCGAUGCUGGCAUGUUCCCUCGAGGACCUCAUGGUGUUGGAGUAAAUGGAGAUUAUGAAGCAUGGGAGCCUUGUCCAGACUGGAGAAGUCAACAAGUGAAUGCUACCAUGUGUGAACAAUCGUGCAAGUAUUACGGAUGUGACAUGCCGGGAUGGACUGUGCAGAGUCACUGCGAUGAGCUCACAGGAACAUGUUACCAUGGGGAUUAUGAUGAACAAUGCCGAGGAGUGCAUGACGGAGAACAGUAUCCAGGCAUGGAGAACACAGAGGAUGGCCGCGAAACGUUCUGCCGAUUUGCUGCUGGUUUCCCUGUAAAGGCAGCAGAAUGCCCCGCCCCAGGUGAAGUGAACCCCGAUCGACUGGAAUCAAGUGCUGUGUUCCGGUCUUUAGCCAGUGGGUUGAUAGCAUCUGCCUUGACGGCUAUGGUGUAUCUCUUGGUGUAAUGAAAAAGGUGUUGCAAAUGGCUUGGUUGAUCGAUUCAAAACACGCAAGCAGUUUGUUUUCAUUUUGUCGUUGUGACAGAUGUGCGUUCUGUACCACUGAGCAGUUCUAACAUCUGCAGUGUCUGAACGCGUUAAAAGCAUAGCAAAUGUACUAUACAACUCGUGGCUCCCUUUUAGAGUGCCGUCUGUGAUACAUCUAUGGAAACAGAUCAGAUAUCCUGAGUCUAGCAGGCUAUAUUAGUUGUAAUCCGAAACAUGUCUCUGAAUUUUGGCUUUGGAAGAAAAGCCAGCAACAGUUGCAGUACAUGUAGCUGGGGCUGGAGUUCAAGUAAGUUCUCUCCAAUGUAAUAAGCAAGGGCUAUCAUCAGACCUGGCUGGAUUGAUUGAUGAUUCGAUUCCAACGCACUUUCCUUGUUCCUUCGUCUAUGGAACGUACAUUGUGCCUGAUUUGUUGCUCGCAUCUCUUCGCUUCCUGCCUCGUACCGGUAUCAGGCAGCCGCCCUGGAAUGACAUGCCUCAUGGCUUUAUCCUGGACUCCCAGGUCCAUGGAACGUACACUGUGCCUGAUUUGUUGCUCGUAUCUCUUCGCUUCCUGCCUCGUA